AUGCAGACGUUCCGCGUCAUUCACAACUGCUACACUCCCAAGGAGACUGUGGAGCUAUGCUCGCGGGCGGGCGUCAUGAAAGCAAAUAUGCGUAUUGACAAGAUUUUUGUGUCCUCAUUCAUGGCAGGAUGUCUUCUGUCCUUCGCCUGCGCGGCGGUCCUAAUCACGAACACUGCGCCAUGGUAUCAGGAGAAUGCGCCAGGUCUGAUCAGAAUGAUCGGGGCACUUAUCUUUCCCUUCGGCCUUGUAUCGAUUGUGGUGACUGGAUCUGACCUUUGCACCGGCAGCUUCAUGUUCACAACCAUCUCCGUCCUCCACCGUCGACUUUCUCCUCUGAAGAUGCUACAACAUUGGGUGAUCACAUUUUUCGGCAACCUAGCGGGAUCACUAUUCGUCAUGGCCAUCAUUAUAGGCUAUGGAGGCACGCUCGACGUCGCGGCAUAUCGAUCCUGGGUCGAGAGCUUCGCAAACACAAAGGUGGUGACUCCGGAGUGGCAUAUGAUAUUCCUGCGUGGUAUCGGAGCAAAUUGGCUGGUCUGCCUAGCCUGUUUCCUGGCCGGGAUGGCGAGGGAGUAUUUCAGCAAGGUCGUCGCAAUCUGGUGGCCUACCUUUGCCUUCGUGCUACUUGGCUUUGAUCACGUUGUCGCAAACAUGUUCUUCAUACCUGCGGCUAUCUUUCUUGGAUCACCAAAGAUCACCGUUGGCUACUACAUCUGGAAGAGCAUGAUCCCAGCACUCCUUGGCAACAUUGUUGGAGGUGGUCUGUUCGUCGGAGUGGUGUAUUGGUAUCUGUAUCUCUCUGGAGACAGUAACCCUACUCCCAUUGAUGGUGAUAUCUGGGCAAGUGAUUCCGCGCCGUUGGUUGGUCAUGCCCCCACAGAUCCGCCGAUGCAUGAUAACUCGUCUUCACCACAGUCGAAAAGCGCCGAAAACAUGGUUUAG